AUGUCACAUCUAACAAUAAGAUCAACUAUAGCACUUAGCAAUGGUGUAGCCAUGCCCCUCUUUGGAUUGGGCACAUACCAGGUGAUGGUCGCAGACAUCAAGAAGACAUUGUUAAGUGCAUUGGAUACAGGUUAUAUUGCAAUUGAUACAGCAUCAAGUUAUAGAAAUGAAGAGGCCAUUGGUAAUGUACUCAAGGAGUUGUUUAGUUCUGGCCGUGUAAAGCGUGAGGAUCUGUUCAUCACGACAAAGGCAUCGACUUCAGAGCAUGGCUAUGAGAAGGCUAUGGCAGGAUGUGAGGGCUCACUCAAACGUUUGGGACUGGACUAUCUGGACCUCUACUUGAUUCACUGGCCUGGUGUGGCGGGCAAUCAGCCAUCUGCACCGAUCAACUCUACAAUCCGCGCAGAGACAUGGCGUGCAUUCGAGACACUCUACGAGCAGAAGAAGUGCCGAUCGAUUGGUGUGAGCAACUACACCGUGGCACAUCUCGAGGAGUUGUUCAAACAUUGCAAGGUCAAGCCACAUGUCAACCAAGUUGAGUUCCAUCCAUUCCUCUACAACAAAGACUUGUUGGCCUUUUGUCAAGGCAAUGGUAUUGCCUUGGAAGCAUACUCAUCAUUAGUUCGUGCUGAUAAGGAUUCGUUCCAGGACAAGGUGUUGACAGGCAUUGCUACGACAUUGAACAAGACACCAGCACAGGUAUUGUUGCGAUGGGCCAUUCAAAAGAAUGUUAUUGUCAUUCCAAAGUCAAUCAAGGAAGAGAGGAUAAAGGAGAAUGCCAACAUCUUUGACUUUGUCAUCUCGGACCAAGACAUGUUAGCACUUGACGGCCUCAACUGUGAUCGUCGUAUCUGUUGGAAUCCUUAUACAGUGGCUUAA